AUUUCAUCGAAGCCAAAGUCAAAUACAUCACCGCGAACCGAUCACCGCUAAAGCAUACAACCCAAACAAUCUCAUCAUCUCUACUAGUCCCGAGUUUUUAGCAGCCGCCAAGAUGCCUUUCCUCGUCGUCGUCACGCCCAACAUUCCUGCCGAUAAAAAGGAUGAAUUCCUCGGUGCAUGGCCGCAAAUCAAGGAAGAUAUUGCCAAACAGCCAGGUGUCAUCGGCGUAGCUGGAGGACAUGUUAUCAAUGAAAGCGGAACACCGGUCACAGACUUCAAGUUUCUCCAAACGAUAACUUUCGAGUCCGCUGCAGAUGACAAGGCGUUUGCCGAAUCAGCGUGGAUCAAAGAGCGUGAAGAGCAGUUCAAGGCCAGUCCCGGAGGCGAGCCCCGUGUCAAGAAGUUCGAGACUGGUCCUCUUCCUGGUGAAAAGCCCAAGACGUUUACUCAACUCUGCUUCAUUGAUGUUGCGGACGAAAGCAAGCAUGAGGAGGCAAAGCAGGCUUGGAUGGACCUAGUCGCUGCUCUCGGCCAGACCGUCCACUUUGGAGGAAAGAGUGUCGACGGUGGUCAGUCGACCGGCUUGGGGAUCUUGGGAUGGGACAGCGAAGAGGAAGCAAAGGCUGCUUGGACCAAGCCAGAGGCGCAGGCGGCGUUGCAGAAGUACCAAGGAUUUGGAAAGAGCAUUGGCGUUAUGGUCAAGCUCGAUAUCUAA